AUGAAAAGAGCAGCCAAGGACCAAGACGGCGAUGUUCCAGAGGCGAAGCAGCGGGUCAUCGCCACUGGCACGUUUGACGGUAGGUCAUUUUGCACCCUGUUGCGAAAACGGUCAACGACGCUUUCCGAACUGCUGGCAUAUUUCAUUACGGCGUUGGAGAAAUUCGAGGCCGGCUUGACGGUGGUGGACCCCGUUGUCGAAUUCCUGAAGAAUACGCUGGGUGGCGAAGAGCUGAUCCAGUACCUGGAUGAUGAAGUGUCCGAGUUGGAGCUUCGCUUCCUGUUCGAUGUGCUGGAGCGUAUC